AUGUCGUUCAAUACAACUCAUUCUGUAGCUGAAGGAUUGUCACAACCACACAAUGAUUUAGAUGACUUGGAAUCAAAACCAAUUAUACCAAGUACUAAUGAUACAUCCGUGCAUAAGGGUGAUUUAAGUUCGCAUGUACAAGAGCAAUUUACGUUCCUUCCUGAAAAAGUGAUUACAGAAAGCCCAAGGGCCCCAAAUAAUGAAGAUGAACAUCUCGAAAUAGAAACAACGACACUAGAGGACAGUACGAAUAAACAAAGUAACGAUAAUACUGGAUUGACCGGUGAAAUCCAAUCGAAAAUUGAUGAACUACCUGCAGAGGUCGAAACGACUAUUCUUGAAGAGGUCCUGACGAAAGCAAUACAAGAAGAGGAAAAUGAAGUAGAAGACGAUGAUGGAAAAGAAAGCGAGUUAUACGAUCAUGAUAUACAGAUGGCCAAUGAACCCGAUUUUGAAAAUACUGGUCACGUCCAAGAUGUAUUGAAGAAUACAUCAACUCAACCCGAUGAAUUGAAAAUAGAUGUUAAUGAUGACCCAAUAGAUAAUGAGGCUUUUUCUAAAUUACUUGAAUUUGAUUCGAAAAAUGACAAAGAAUUAUUCAGCACAAAUGAUAUCUCAGAGGAAACGAUAUCAAAGGAAAAUAGGGAUACGAACGAGAUAGAAAUUACAGAAACUAUUGAUCAACAGAACGACUCGACAAAGGAUAUAGAAGACAAGACUAGAGAAUCAACUGUGAAAUUGGAAGAUAGUAAGAAAAAGGAGGAUUCGUCCAUAUCGCCGUACCCAACAUUGCCAAAAGAUUCGAAACAAACAUUAUCAGCAUACACGAAUACACCUGAAAUAUUAUUAAGUCCUACAAACAAUGAUAAAGAUAGAGUAAUCGUUAAACCAGAAGAUGUGGUAAAUGGAGAAUCCAAUCUUGUUCAGAAAUUGUUUAUGGAAAAAUCUAUGGAACAGCAGCAGAGAAAGAAUUCUAUAAUACCAGGUAUGUUCCAUACAAAUGAUUUACAUCCACAAUCCAACCAAUUAGAAAAUAUAUCACAACAUGGUGGUACUUUAUCUCGUAUAGGGAAUGGAAUUUCCCCAAUGGAUGUGGGUGACUCAAAUGCCAUCGGCGGAGUUCAUCAAGGGAUGCCUGGUGUCCCAGAUGAACAACCUACCAUUUUUGCAUACGCCAGAUUAGACUUCCAAAACUUCACCUUCUAUGUCCAGACCUUACAUGCUAUAAUAGGUAGACGGUCUGAAAACGACACCACCCAUAAGGUUGACGUGAAUCUAGGACCCUCAAAAUCCAUAUCUAGACGCCAUGCUCAAAUAUUUUAUAACUUUGGUACGGGAAGGUUUGAACUUUCGAUUAUUGGUAAGAAUGGUGCAUUUGUAGAUGAUAACUUUGUGGAGAGAGGUAAGACAGUUCCAUUAAUGAAUAAGACGAAGAUUCAAAUCGGACAAAUUCCAUUUCAAUUCGUAUUACCAGACCAAGAAAACAAUAUGAUAGAAGAUGACCAUAAAGAAAAAGCAUCAAAUGACUCGAAAUCUAUAAAAUCAGCUUCCAAUAAAACAAAGAAGACUCCUGCAAAGAAAUCAACUAUAAAAAAAGAAACCACCAAGAAGCAAUCAUCUGUUAAGAAGGAAGCUGCGGUUAAGAAGGAGAUUAGCAAAAAGAAGGAGUCUGCCACCAAAAAGGAACCUACACCUAAGAAAAAGACGACAAAGCCAGCUAUAAAGAAAGACAAGAAAACAGUGAAAGUACCAAAGAAAGUUUACACACUUGAAGAAAUUCCAGAAGAAUACAGAACUAAACCUGCAUUUUCUUAUUCUGCCAUGCUUACAACAUGCAUACGUAAGAAUUCCACUGAGAAAGGUAUGUCACUUUCUGAAAUAUAUGCCGGUAUCAGAGAACUAUAUCCAUUUUAUAAAUAUUGUCCUGAUGGUUGGCAAAGCUCUGUGAGGCACAACCUUUCACUAAAUAAGUCUUUUAGAAAAGUUUCUAAAGAGGGGAAGGGUUGGUUAUGGGGGUUGGACGAAGCAUACAUAGCUGAAAGAGAACAGCAGAAACAGAAACAAGCUGAAGCAGCCAAGGCCAAGGCGGAGGCAGCUCAAGCUCGCCAGGAACAGCAACAACAGCAGAAGGCAAAGAAAGCUACAACCGCUAAAACAACAUCUACAAAAAAACAAAGCAUAUCCCAAACAUUAGCAGCCAAUAGAGCUACGACCAAUAACGCAAAUAAAUUAACUGAUCACCAAAGAACAAUGAAAUACCUACAAGGACAAUUAAUGAUUUUGACCAAGGACAGAAAGGGCCUUUCCAAACAGGUAAUUGCGAACAUUUUAACUCAAGCGUUAGCGAUGACUAUUAAUCAAGUAACACAAGCUGCAAAGAAUAAGGGAAUUUCAGGAAACCCUCUUACUGCAUUAAUGGAUAAAAAUCCUAAACAUUUAAACCUUAUUUUAGCUGCUGCUGUUAAUGCAGCAACCGCUAAAGUUACUAAUGGUAAAAUAAAGAGUCUUGUUAGCAUGACACCCCCCACCAUUGAAAAGCCCAAAAUCACGACACAACAACCAAAUAUCCAGAGACCUGCUACAGUUGAUACAACUUCUUCUUCUCAAAAAAUUAAAACAGAAAAACAUGAACUUUCAUCAUCCUCAUCAUCAUCUAAGGAUACAUCACGACUUGAGGCAGAUUCUGAAAGUAUAGAUACCUCAUUUGAUCCAACCUCAUUAUCAAGGUUUUUCCAACCUAGACAACAGAUACGUGUUCCUCCUUCAAGUAAUUCAAAACCUACUACAAGUAUAACGCCUCAGAAACGUCCGUUAGAGGAUAAUAGUGAUGAAAGUAGCGAUGAGAGUACAUCAAGUGGUGAAAGUGAAAGUGAUAGCAACAAUGAUGAAGAAGAAGAAGAAGAAGAAGAAGAAGAAGAAGAAGAAGAAGAAGAAGAUGAGGAUGAUGAAGAGGAAGAAGAAGAAGAAGAAGAAGAAGAAGAAGAAGAAGAAGAAGAAGAAGAAGAAGAAGGUGAUGAAGAGGAAGAAGAAGAAGACGACGAAGAGGAAGAAGAAGGUGAUGAGGAAGAUGACGAUGAGGAAAAUGACGACGACGACGAAGAAGAAGAAGAAGAAGAAGAAGCAGCAGAAGAAGAAGAAGAUACAGCUACUAGAGAUAAUGGUGACAGUGAAAAUACAAAUGGUGUUGCUGAGGAGAACGUCGAAGGUAAUACUAUAGAACAAGAGGAAAAUGACAAAGUAAUAAAACAUGCUGAAGAUGGCGCUGAAAACAAUUUGCCAACAACUUUAUUAUCAGAAGAAGAUAAUGCAGAUGAGGUAGAGGAGAAACCAAGAAACGAAAAUGACCACAGUAAUGAGAUUAUCUCUGAAAAUACGAAUCCUUUAACAGAGCAUAAUGAAACUCACGAUACUGCGGAUGGCGAUGGAGAUAUCGAGAUGAAGGAUGCUAGUGAGGACAUUACUAAAACUGUUGAAGAGGCAAAUACUGCAAUUGUUAACGAGGAUGCAUCUAUCUAA